UUCGUCAGAGGGAACAGCUAAAGAACAAAAUGGAGGAAUAUGCCAGAGAACCAUGCCCUUGGAGAAUUGUGGACGACUGUGGUGGAGCCUUCACCAUGGGAGCCAUUGGAGGAGGAAUAUUUCAGGCAGUAAAGGGCUUCAGAAAUGCACCCUCAGGGAUGAGCCACAGAAUGAGAGGUAGCAUGACUGCAAUCAAAACCAGAGCCCCACAGCUUGGAGGUAGCUUUGCAGUAUGGGGAGGCCUUUUCUCCAUGAUUGACUGUGGAUUAGUAAAAGUCAGAGGAAAAGAAGAUCCAUGGAACUCAAUAACAAGUGGGGCCAUGACAGGAGCUAUCCUUGCUGCAAGAAAUGGACCGGUAGCCAUGGUGGGAUCAGCAGCCAUGGGAGGCAUUCUGCUGGCAUUGAUAGAGGGUGCUGGAAUCUUGCUUACAAGGUUUGCUUCUGCACAAUUUCCAACUGGGCCUCAGUUUGCAGAGGAACCUGCCCCUGCUCCCAUGCCUUCCCCUUCCUUUGGAGACUACAGCCAAUAUCAGUGAGAGGACUUUCUGUAUCCACUAAGCCUUUUUGAAUUCCUUGCUGAAGUUAAAAUGAAGACAUUGGAUGCAAAUUACCACUCAUCGAACAAGAAAAAUCUGCACCCAAUUUUACGGACUAUGUCAAAGAAGUGAAGAGCAAAAACAUCUUCGUUUACUUCUCAAGAGCCAUGUACAGAUCUGUGUUUUACCAUUCUCAGCCUUGUGGUGUGCAUCUGUUUCACAAAACAUUUGUUAAAUACAGAGAUGUGCUUGUGGGGAUGAGGCAUGAUUUUCUAUUUUUGUUCGUAUAAAGUUUGCAAAAACACAUCACACAUGGAACAUAUUAAAUUAUGUAUAAGUUAAAUACUUAUGUAUAUACAGUAACAACUCUUUGCUUGUAUUCACACGGUAGUCUUUAUUUGCCCUAAAUGUAUCACCUGCUUGUGCUGGCCGGAGACAUUUGGCUGGCCAUUCUGUUGUGAAGGUAGAACAUCGGAUACAAAGUGAUUCCUGGAGGAAAAGGAUUGUUUUAAAGUGAUUUAUUUAUUUUAGAUUGUAAAGCGUUGGACCAGGCAUGGUGUUUUAUCUGACAGUCAUUUUACAUUCAACAAAGAGCUGUGGAUAAUAUUGCCAGUGGCAAAAUAUGGCAUAGACUGUACAAAUGAAUAGGGAAACUCCAGCAAGGGAUUACUGUAUAGUGUAUUAAAGCUGUAUGCCAGAUUGUACUGUGGUACAAUAAAGAAAUAAAUUGUAAAAUCGC